UCAGGAGGCCUGGCUGUGCUGCCAAACAGCCCUUUAAGAGCAGAGGCAUAACCCUCCAGGCUCCACCUGAAGGCUGGGCCUUGGGCACCAGCACCCAGGGCGUUGGGAGGUUUCAACCAGGGGCUGGACUGGAGACCUUCUCACUGUCAGCAUGAAAACCUGUUCCUGAGGCACCCCAGGCAUAGGAAGUAUUGAAACAGCUUUCCAGUGAUGUCAUACAGAGACACUUUCCUGAGUGUUUCCUAAUGUCUAGAGAGAGAAGAGCAGAGAGAAUGGGGGAAGAAAAAGUCCAGGGAUUUGGAUCCUUGGCCCAGACUGAUGAUCUUCAUUCAAAGCCACUAUCUGAAGGGAAGAGAGACGAAUCUAAAGAAUCUAUGUCAAAUGUGUUCAGAAAUGAUGCAGCUGAUCAGCAGUUUAACCUUGAAGCUGCAGUUAAAAAUGUUGACAGAAUGUCCAAUGAGCUGAAGAAACUAAAUGUGGAAAGCCAGCUGUUGCUUUGUGACCUUAUUUUGAAUUUCAACCAUCCCAUGAAGGCCAAAGAUUUAAGAGAAGAUGAAGAAAAAACUUGGAGUUUGACAGAUUAAGUAAUACCAUUCAUUUUCAUACAUUGUCUUCUAUUAAUAGUGAUUGAGUUUCAACUGUAAAGUGACAAUAUGGUUUCCUGCACUUGGAUUAUUUUUAUUUUAAAUUGGAAACGUAGAAUGGAAAACGUUAUUGAUUUUGAGAGAGAUUUUAACCCAAAUUUCUCAAAUUAAAUAUACUAGGUCUGGAAAGAGUAGCAAAAUUAACUAGAAAGGUCAGGAAAUGGGGCAUGAAGUUCUUCACAUGUGCUUGUCUCCUUUUAAAUGAAGACAUAUUGGAAGAGUAACAAAAGAUUAAAAAUUACUUCACGUCAAGUUAUUGCUCUUGUCUCAGUUGUGUUCCGGGAAAUGGGAUGAGAAAUGUUCAAUAAAAGAGGAACUGCAAGUCAUCAUUUGAUAUGCCUUCCUUAUUCUAAAAAUGUUGCUGUGGAAGGAGGCCACAGAGCAAAUUACUUCUGGAAAAUCAAAAGUACUUUGAUCCUAGUUUCCAUACUGACUUUCUAAUGCAUAUAGAUUCAAAAGAAAGGAAAAGUUAGUAGUUUAAAUACUCCACUAUGAAGUCUUGUCAGCCCAAAAUUUGUGUAGCCAGUGUAUUCAUAUAUUUUAAGUAGAAUUCAUAUUCAGUCAUACUUUACUUGUGAAAAUGUUUGAAUGUUGAGGUAUGUUUUCAGUCAUACAAAACAUGUUUAUCUGAAUAAUCAAAUCCAGAUUUACUUUGUAGAAAAAGAAUAUGUAGAGCUAUAAUUUGUUAUGUAGGUUUACAUUUUAUUGCUCUUUCCAGAAGUGGAAAAAAAAAUGGUGAUUUAAAACCAAUGAAACAAUUCCAUAGGAGGCAUUUCAGGGUUGUCAGAAUUUUCAAGACAGUGUAAUAAAAUUACAACCUCCACCUUACACAGUCAAUGGUAAUAUUGUGGGAUUGAUCUUAAUUUUAGCAUUUUUGGAAAGACAUAUAAAAACUGACUUUUCUUUCACAAGACUAGUAGCAGGUAUUUUAAAAAAAUACAGUAGUAGAGAUAGGCUUUGUCAGCUGAAGUGGUUUUAUUUAUUUAUAUACUUAUUUACUCAUAGUUGCAUGGAAAUGAAAUUCUCUAACUUUGAAUUCCAGCUCCUAGGCAAAUAUAAUGUAAAUAAAAAUAACAUUUACAACAUACAUAUUUAAAGUUGUAAAACUCUUCAUGAAAUCUGAUUUUCUUAUCAUAGAAGCUAUAUAAAUGAUAUGGACAAUAUCCUCCCUUGAAUUAUGAUUCAACACAGAAAUGGCUUUAGAGGAGAAAAUGUGACAAUGUCCAAGGUAAUUCUUUUUUUUAUUAUUAUUAUUUUUUUUUUUUUGGUCAGAAAACAGAAGUUCCUAAAAAAACAGGGCAAAAAAUUGGAUAAAUCCCACUUAACAAAGGAGAGGGAAAAAACUCAUGAUAUAGUAUUCUUCAGUGGUCCUCAGCUGCAGCUUAUAUUUUAGAACUGAGAAUGUUAUUGUUUUUUCUUGAAAGAACACAGUAAAAACAGAAAGCAUUUGUAUAAGAGGAACCAACUUUAUCCAAAUUAUAUCUGUAUGCUUUCUAAGGGACUUGGGUGUGGUCUUACAAUUAAUAAUCACAUGAUGAUAAUCUUGUUGAUGUGUCUCCUAUAAAAGAAUGGUGGCUUAUUUUAGAGUCAAAGAGAUACAGAUAAAGAGUUGUGCUAAUAGCGAAAACCUUGUUGCUAAGUGAGUUUAGGGGAUCCUAGGAGAUAAUUCCAAUUCAUGGUCUAAGAUGCCAUCUGUGAAUCAUCAGAUGUAUGGCAGGUAGAAGAUAUUAUCUGUAGAUAUUUUAUUUUUCUAGAAAACUGUGAACAGAGACAGUUUCAUAGCUGAAUAACACAAACACAGAUCUUGACAGGCAGGGGGAUUUGAGGGGAAAAAUCGAGCAACACACGAAAUUUUUGUGUCUUGCUGAAAGGUAGGUGUCUUUAGGGUCAAGCUUGGCAGGUUGGAGUCCAAGUCUUUUCACAGAAAUGCCCAUAGUUAGAUGAUUUAUUGAUUUAUUGGGAGGUGGAUUGCAGGGAAAAAAAAAAAAAAAAAAAAAAAAAACUAUUGCUUUUGGUUUACUUCUCAACUUUGUUUUGGUUCUUGGUUCUGUGGUAUGUACUACUUUAAAUAAUAGAAUUGCUGCUGCAAUUCUGAUCUGAAAAAUAGGUUACAUUUUUUUUUCUCCUCUGAAAGAAGAGACUUGUAUUGGUGUUUCUUUCAUGGAUCCUCUAAUGUGGUUUGGAAAUUGUUUCAGGAAGAUACACGUUUGUUGGAAGAUAGUUUUCCUCAC